AUAUAUCGCCGCCACCUCUCCUCUAGGACCGACAAAGUCCGUCGGUCCUAACCUCCUGACCCCGCCUUGCCGUGGGCGCUGGCGUUGGGGAGACCUGCUCCGACGUUAUUCCUCCACAGCAGCCACCUAGCACGACGGUUCGACGAGCAGGGUCGUCACCGGAUCCGGCGAAUCCAAGAAUGACUGCCACCGGAUCUGGUGAGUCAUGAAGCCCACGACCAUAUGCCUCCACCCCCGAGAUUUCAAACCAGUUUAAAUUGAGAGGUUGAUCCUUUUAAAUGCAUGCCUGUACGUGUGUGAAAUGGGAGACUUGCCUCUGUCCCAGUCGUAUGAUUAAAGCGAGUGGCAUGGCUGAAAUCAUGUGGGUGGGCUCCAGCUAUUUAAAUACAGUGGCUUCAAUGAAGAAAACGGUGAAAUACAGAGAUACAACAAAGGACAGGUUUUGAGUUGGCAGGAUUCUAUUGGUUGGUCAAUCACAGCUAGCUGUCGGCUCUGUUAAAAACAACUUUGCGUGUCAUGGAUCCCGAUGUCGUCGCUAUCUCUCAAGAGUCAAACUCCUCAUCUGACGCAAUCCGGCUCAGGGGAGGUAAUAGCACCCCAGGUACCCUAACUUGCACAGAAUGUGAUGAUUUAGUCCCAAACUUGCAAAACUUUACUUCACCAUAUCCCAACUUGCACCUCAUGUGAUGAUUUAGUCCCAGGCCAAUCACAGCUCGACAAUUGGCAGCCAGGUGGCUGGACCGGUCAGCGCACGCACUUUUGCAGAAAACCCCCUGCCAUUUUCUUUAAUCAACCCGCACUCACCUCCCAUAAUUUUGUUCCCAGGUGUUCCCUAUCAUGAUCUGAGCUCAGCAAACAACUCAACCGGUCCCAUGUUCGAUCGUUAUAGUAGCGGCCCGGGUGGUUUGUUCACACAGAACAAGAUGAGGAGGUGUAACCCUGUGGCUUUCGGCAUGACACCGGCUGUCAAGGUCUAGAAUGUUUGUCUGAAUGCCUGCGCUCCACAGCCAACCCACUGCACCAGAUGCUGAUGGUCGUUGAGUUUGGAUCUUCACCGUUCGAUGUUGGCAUGGGACAUGAGGAGAGCGACGACGAGUUGUCAUUAGUCUUCUAUGAAGCUGUGCAGCAGUGCAGAGACAAGAAGGAACUCGGCGGACAAUGGUUCCGCCACACUAUUCCUUUCCUCGUGGAGGUGACAGGGCACCGGUUUAGAGUUUGGUUCGAGUACACGGUUGACUUCAGCUUCAUGUGCAUGGAAGGCGCCGUUCGAUGCUUCAACGAGAAGGACCGUGUCAUGAGUUGGAACCAGCCAGUGUGGAGGCUGCUGGUCUCUCUUCAAGUUUGGGUACGUGCACUGGUGAACAGGAGCCGUAGUGCGUGCUGUCCCAUGGUACAAAAACAAGAGAUCAUCUAUUGACUCCAAAGCUAUGGGACGUACUCCGUGCUAAAGAAGUACUAUUCGGUUGGGAAGUACCAAUGCGCGCAAAACAUUCUGGCACCCCAGCCCGCUCUGCAGUCCACUUCGAGAAGCCCGUCCCGCCGCCGCCCCAACACCAGCAGAAGCCGCCGGCGCCGCAGCCCGGCACGUACGUGGUGCAGGUGCCCAAAGACAAGGUCUUCCGCGUGCCGCCGCCGGAGAACGCGCGCCUCUUCCAGCACUACACCCGCCGCGCUGACUGCUCCUGCCUCCGCGUCUACCUCGCCGUCGUGGUCCUCUCCCUCGCCGUCCUCCUCGCCGCCGCCGUCGGGGUCGUCUACCUCGCCUUCAAGCCUAGGCAGCCGGCGUACUCGGUCGUGUCCCUCGCAGUGUCGGGCCGCGCCGGCGUCAGCAACGCCUCGGCCCCCGGCCCGCUCUCGCCGGGGUUCGCCGCGACCGUCCGCGCCGACAACAGCGCCAACGGCAAGGUCGGCGUGCACUACGACGGCGCCGGGAGCCGCGUCGCCGUGUCGUACGAGGGCGUGAGCCUGGCGGACGGCGCGUGGCCGGCCUUCUACCAGGCGCCGUGCAACAUCACGGUGUUCGUGGCGAAGGCGAAGGGCACCGGGAUACGGUUCUCGGAGCGCGAGCGCGGGCAGAUGGCCGCGGCAGAGCGGCUCCGAUCGGUGCCGUUUGACGUGGACAUCACGGUGCCCGUGCGGCUGCAGCUCGGCGGCGUGAGGACGUGGGCCGUGCCGGUGACGGUUCGGUGCGCCAUGACGGUGGACAGGCUCGCCGCCAGCGCCAAGGUGGUGUCCAGGCCGUGCGACGUCAAUGUGCCGUUCUGGAGGAACUGACGCCGCCGAUGCAAGAAAAAAUGGCUAAUGGCUGAUUAGGAGAGCAGUUCUUGCAGGUAGCGGCCAAGGAUUCAUGCUGCUUCCGUGAUUCUUUUUUCUCCCCAUUAAUUUGUAUGUUGGUUUGAUCGAGCAAUGUUAAUUCUUUUCUCCUUUGAGAACUUGAAAUCAUGUAUGUUCUGCCGCGAAAUUGUGCUGCGGUAAAGAUGUUCAUGGGGUGCAACCUCUCUUCUCCUGAAAGACUGAAAGAAAAUGGUGUUGUGCACUGAUA